CGAACUUAGUGAUAGCGCGGUUAACCGGCAUCCGCUACAACUAAGCGCACCACACCUCCUUCACUCCCUUAUCCCCCUAUCUCUCGUCACGUUCUCUGUCCCUCCCCUUCCUCCCUCGACUCCGAUCCAGAUCCUGGGCCAUGGUGCGCCCUCUUCCCCAUCGCAGCCGGCCACCAUCCCCACACUUUGUCUCCUUUGGCUCGUGGAUCCAUCUCUUCCAUGGCCGCCUCCCACACCGUCUCCUCCUUCCCCCAUCUCAUCACUCGAGAAGACAAGGCAAGUGGGAGGGAAAUCGACCGUGUAGGUCAGAUCCAUCCACCACGACCUCGGCGGAGAUGGCCAAGUGGAUGGAGCGGACCUGCAAAUCUUCAAUCCAAGGUGAGGCAGAGAUGCCUGGGGCUGGGAGGCGACUGGAGCUGGAAGAGGGUGCUCAAGCUCGUGCUCCCCUGCCAGAGCAGCACC